AUGUGUUUGUGUUGCGUGUGCUGUACGGUCUCGGACCUUAUCCUGUACGUCGUGGCGUUUUUCCUCCCGCCAGUAGCAGUUCUGCUCAGGGCUGGACUCUACUCGUCUGACUUCCUUCUGAAUUUGCUGCUGACGCUGUUCGGUUUUGUGCCGGGCCUCAUCCAUGCGUUUUACUUUAUUACAACUUCCAGUCCCCUGCGCCGAAACCAAGAGGCCGUCUACUACUAUCAAAGCGGCUGGCAGGACUCCCGGCGGGGCCGUGACGACGGUAACGGCCGUAACGGCACUUCUCGGCAAUACGUAGCCCAGCAGCCGCCUUCGGUGGCACCUGGGCCCUCAGUACACACACCGCUCCUUCUAGACGGUUCUAACAGCUCUCGCGAGGACCCCGAUGCUAAGGGCCCUCCACCACCUUACAGUGAGAUGGUGUAA